CUCGAUUUUCAGCUGAAUUGAGAUUUAUUAAUUCUCUUACCUCAUUAAAAUAAUACAUGUUGAUAAACUUUUCUGUUGUGUUUAUAUUUGUAAGUUGGGAUAGCUCUAGAUAAUUUAAAAAACUUACUUUAUUCAAUUAAAACGCAAUAUAAGUGACCACAAGUGCCCCAUGACACUCAUAACAUUCCAACAUAUUAUUUUCAAGUAACAUGCUUCUAAGUGCUUAUAAGUAGCUUUUGCAUCAUGAAAUGUAAGAAAACGGACUCACUAACGAAAAUGGAUGUCCAAAUGGAGCAAGUAGAAGAACAGAGCAAUAGCGAGAUAAUAAAUUCCCUGAAUGCGGACUGUUGGCGUCUCAUUCUAGACUACUUGUCCGUGAAAGAGCUCCUGCAGACGGAGGCAACCUGCAGGGACUGGCAGAAGUUGGUGCUUGAACACAUAUCACACCGUCCAAUAGUAAUCCAUAGCCUAGAGAUAGACGAGAACACCCUAAUACUGCGACAGUCAACGGAAGCGUGGGGCUCCUUCAAGCGCUGGCUCAGGAAGUGCGGCCGGGCCGUGCAGGACUUCGACAUGGAUUGCAAACAUUACAAGGAUGUGGUCGAGACUCUUAGGGAUAGUUGCCCUAAUUUAAUAGGGCUUAAGCUGAGCAGGUUAAAAAAGAAACUAUCACCAACUGAUACGCUCCACUUCGAAAAACUGACUUGGCUAGUUUUCGAUUGCUGUGAUGAGGUGACAGACGAUUGUGUCACUCAAUUUUUGACAAAUAGCUUAGAAGAACUACGAAUAACAUACAACAAACGCGUCACAGGCCGGUUUCUAAACAAUUUGAAACCUAAAAACAACAUCAAAAGUCUCGCUUUAAAACAUUGUCGAGCCUUAAGGUUCCCAUUCUUACUCUCCAUAGUAGACCGAUUAGGCAACCUAACAGUUUUAGAGUUAUGGAAGCGGAAUCGUAGCAAAAUUGAAAUAAGAGAUAAACUUCAUUUAUUAUUUGAAAAAAUGCCUAAUUUAAGGGAAAUAGAUAUUGAGAUUUAUGAUAUGUUGCGAAGGCCGGAUGAGGAGCGUAGGUUAACGGAGAGUAAUGUGUUUUUUGAGUCGAUCUGUAGGUUGAAGAAGUUGAAUAGAGUGAAUGCGAACUUUCAAGCGUGGGACCAUCAUAUGGAGGCGUUGGCGACUAGCUGUAAGGAACUGAUGGCUGUGGAUUUGAUAUGCAAUCAUAUAACGCGGCGCGGUUUAGACGCCUUGUGUCGCCACGUGGGACCGAGGUUGCUGGAGCUGAACCUCUCCGAGAGCCUUCUGACUGACGACGACGUGGCUUCCUGUGUGUACGCCUGCCCUAAACUACUGUCGCUAGACCUAUCCGACUGUCCGAUGCUCGUGUCGGCCGUACCUCGUAUCGCGGUGGCGCGACGCGACAUGAGACAGAACACCAAGUUCGCGAAUGAGACCUUCCUUAGGCUACCGCUACCGCUUACCAUGAGCAGGUGGGACUUUUAUGGCGACGCGGACGAUUUCAAGGAUGUCGUCAACGUACGAUUCAACAGCGAGGGAUACUCCAGCGUCGAGCGUCAAUACUGAAUUUGAUUUUUCGGUACUCUAGUGUAUUUUUUUAAAUUAAAAUAUGACGCAACGGAAGGGUUCGGUAACCCUCUUUUUGUACGGGAUUUUGAACAGCGCCAAGCUGGAGAUUAAAUUAUAUUGUCCAGUGAAAUGUAAAGUCAAGUCAAAAGUUGCUUAAAAAAACCGGCCAAGAGCGUGUCGGGCGACGCUCAGUGUAGGGUUC